AUGUGUUCCUGGUCCUCCUGCUCGUCUUCGCCCUCGUCGCCGCCGUCAGGUAGGUCCUCCUAUGCCGUUUCGGGAGAAGGACGGAGAGCCACACGACGACCCGACUGCUCAGGGGAGUCCUCUGUGGAACGUCCUUACUGCAGAAUAGACUCUGAAUCCUAUAACAGCGUUCCCUUGCUGAAGACUACUCUCUUUUUCCCCAUUCGCAGCGCUCAGACGGAGCCCUGGUGCCGCUGCGCCGCCUUCGUCACUUACGAGCACUCGGAGAUCAUGGUGUACGAAGCACCUGAAGUCACCAUCGACUCCUGCGAAGACGACACCAAGCAGUGCAGGAACUCUUGUGCCAAAGAGCUGAACACCAUGAGCAACAAUGGUGACCUUUGGCUAGAGCUCGACUCCGGGAUCACCGUCGGCCAGUACAUCUGCACCUACCUGGCCGACCACUUCUUCUUCUGGAUGAGCAACCACAAGGUGUACGGCUACUACGAGGUGUGCGGCGGCGCCUGGGAGUUCACGGGCGUCGAGUCUCAGCAGCUGCUGUGCUGCGACGCAGGCAAGCACGAGCACUGCAUCGUCAAGCAGAAGUAAGGCGAAUAGCGCUUGCCGGUGUUGCUUCUUUGGCGAUUGCGCAAAUAAAGGC